AAACCGGCAAGUAUCCGACUACAAACCACUGACUCUGCAAGGAAACUUCCCCGUAAAUUCCAAAUGGUUGGGAUAGGCUACCUGAGAACCUCCGGCCAAGUCUACGUCCUCAUGUCGACCACUGCAUCCGGGAUUCAAUCUCCUUAUGGUCUUUCUAGUGGCCUUGUGUCUCGUUUCUUGGCGAACUGAAGUGCUCUAUUUUCCCCCUGGACGACUCCGUCUUAUGAGUAUCCGUUCGACGUGCUCCAGCAUCGCCAUUAUUCUCAACUACUACGCAUAUCGCCAUCUAGCUCUCUGUGAUGUUCAGUUCGUCGAGGCCAUCAGUCCAGUGUUUGUCACAGUAUAUGCCUUUGUUCUCCUCUGCGAGCCUUGCGGAUUGUUCGAAAUCCUUUCCAUUGGCGUGUCUUUGGUUGGCAUGGUUCUUGUGAUGCAGCCUCCGAUUUUAUUUGAGCCACUGACCAUCAACGAGGACAAUUCUGGCCAUUUCCUAUACACGGUUGUGGUUCUUGUGGGUACCCUGAUCGGUGCAGCAGGGGUAACCCUAACUCGCGCUUUAAAGGAUAUUGAUGUACUUGUAUUGACACUGUGGAACAGUUUCUUCGGUAUCUUUCCCGGGUUGAUCCUGCAUCUAUUAUGCAAUGCCUCUCGUGCUCAUUUUCUCAACACGAUCCAUAACCAUUGGUUGACAUUGAUGACUGUCAGCAUAUUAUGUUUCUUUUCGCAACUUUUUUUCAUCUCAGCACUCAAAACCAACCAUGCAAAUGUGAUCUCCCUAACUCGAAAGUCUGGUGACAUUGUGUUUGCCUUUGUAUUUCAAAUUGUAUUCUUCAAUGACUUUCCUAACGCGUUUAGUCUGAUUGGAGCCUCUUUGAUCCUUUCCACAUUGCUUGCCACCCAUUUCCGGAGGUCGCCUCCAAAGAUUGUCAAUUUAUGUCACCUACCUGUGCAUUACGUCCCCAUUAAAGUCAAAUGAAUCUUGAUUAAAGAAAUCUCCGUGAGGUAUUCACCAAACGUGAUUCGCUUUCUACAUCGU